CUUUACACUAUCGGGUGAGGACUAUAAAUGGAAGGGAAUUAAGUACCACUGGCCAGUAAUAAUUUGCCAGACGCAAAAUGAAGGCCUAUUUGGUACUAACAUUGGCUCUUGUGGCCAUUUACAUGGCUCCCACUGUCUCCUCCGAAACGGGUGGCACCACCGGAACCGCAGCAACAGGUACUGGAACAACUGGAACCGGUACAGGAACUGGUACUGAGACAACAACAACAACUGAAACCACAACGACAACAACCACCACAACAUCAGCACCUGAGACCCACAGAGCUGAGCACCACCGAAGGCGCCGCAUCAUCAGGCGCCGAAUUAUCCACAGACGUGCUGCUGCCGGAAGGAGGCGUGAAAGGCGCUAUUAAAUCCUUUAUUUAAAUUUAAAUAAUCUCAGAUUAUUAAUCUGAUUCUCAGAACCUGAAUCUGAAUCAUCAGCCUAAAUAAAAUGAAUUUGAAAAUUAAA